UGUGACGUCACAGAGAGCGAAGAGCGAGCGCUGGCGGAACAAACCAUUCUCAGUUUGUCCCCCAAAUCCUGCAGCGGCACCUCCACAUCGUGAUUACCGUUCUCCUUCCGAGCCAGCUUUCUAACGUGAAACAUUGCCCAGACACCGCUCUACAGAUACAUUUUGGGAUAAACCCGACGUACGGGAGACAAACAGGCAGAAAAAAAAUGGUAAACCCAUACUUCCUGAAGCAAACCUCCUGGGGGUGUGCGGCUGUAACACAAGUAAGAUGUUUUUUUCCUCCAAUAAAUUAAGAUCUAAUUGCAAAAAAAAGUACGAAAAUGGCAUGUUGGGGUAAAAGCGUGUUCCCUCUCUGAGUUUCUGAAGAAGGGUCUAGGCCCGAAACGUCAGCCUCUCUGCUCCUAUGAUGCUGCUUGGCCUGCUGUGUUCAUCCAGCCCUGCACCUUGUUGUCUCGCAGUUCCUACUAUCCUUGUUAUCUCUUCCCUCUCUCCCUCCUGGAAUCGGAAUGGUUUGAUCCGCCUGCGCUCGCUCUUCGAUCUCUGUGACGUCACAGCGGAGCGCGUGCCCCGUGGCUAAGUUCGGAGCAUGCUCGAUCACUCGCCAUAAACCAAGGCUGGUUAACGCGGUAUUGGUGGGAAAGGACAAGGACCGAGGCUGCCUUUCAAUCAAAUUCAACAACGUGGAGCUUUACAACUCCUUUUGACUAGGAUCCAGAUUGGUAAAGGGAAACAAUAGGCAGGAACAAGUUAGCUCACUUAGACUUACCACAAGGGGAAACAGCACUAAUGUGGUUGCAUCCGCUGGCUCAAAACCACCUGCAGAUGAUGAUCACUUUUAACAUUGGCCAUCUAGCUUUGCUGUGGGUUUCUGCUUUUGGAUUAUCCUCAGUGUCCAUAGUGGAGACAUAUUGUUUGAAAUGUGAAAAGAAAAUUCAACCUACCUUGAAACUCAUUGACUACCAGAUCCAGCUAUAUCCAAGUGGUAGUAAUUACGUAAGACAACUUACUUUCAUUAAUGCUUUCCUCCAAGGGAAGAAACUGCCCACAGGUUCACAGAACUUGCCGUUAACAGAGAACAUUCAUAAGGAACUGGCCAAUCCUACAGAGUUAUCUGCAAAUGUUCUUACCUCCAUAAGAAAUGAAAUACAUAACUUUCUGAAAAAUAAUUUUGAGAACAAAAAGAUGACCACCAUCACAGCUGUGGUGAGGCAGUAUGCACAGCUCAUUCAGGCACCUGUUCUACCAGAUCAACGGUGUAAUUAUUCAAAUUAUAUACGUUUAGUUCACUGUGGCACCUGUAAGACAAGAAAUGUAGCAUGUCUAUCUGGAAAAUACCGCAGAACAAAACGAGGAAUACGUUUUAAAGUUGGAAAAAUCAAAUUGGACAUGCUUUCUCAAUCCUCCAAAAUUCCAAUGCCUCGAUCAGUACUGUACUCUAUUCCUGUUGCUGUUGCUAUUGUUGGUUUUCUCUGCUUUAUCACAUUUUAUUGUGAUGUUCCCCAUCGAUGAGCAGAAAUCUUCAUCUGUUAAUUAUCACUUGAGAGUUGUCAAAUGUAUCACUCCUAAACUUGCAAAUGUAAAUAGGGAUUCCCUUUAUCUAUUGUAAGUGUCUAAAAUGACAUGUAGCUUCAGCUAGGUGACACUGACUAAAUAGCUUCUCUGGUAUUCGGGGAAACUUGCAGCACAUCUCGUUUCUAGCAAAGAAGUAAUCCAACGUGCUGAAGAAGAUCAGAACUUCUGUGAAUUUUAUAAAAGGACAAAAUAAAUGUGCAUGAAAAUCUGUCAUUCAAUAAAAAAUUAUUUUGGAAA